AUGUGCUUGCGACAUGGGCUCGUCGGCUCGCCUCGGGUCAUGUCGCUUCAGUCGGUCAUUCAAUUCGACGACACCGAGAUCGGUCUGCAAGAUCUCCUGAAUCUCCCCAUCAUGGAGCGCGCAAUUGUCAUGACGGCCUCGACGAUCGCUGCGUCAGCGGGAGUAUCACAGACGUCGACGACCUCGAUCUUCGUGCAGAGGCGCAUUCUCGACAUCAACUGCCACCGGUUCUCUGCGUUCACUGUGUCGGUCGCCUUGACGUUGUGGAGUGGCGUCGCGAUCCCGUCACCGCCGCCAAUCCAACGCAAGGUUCUCGAAACGAGCCUCUAG